AUGGCCAAGAACUUUCCACAGGUGCAGCCAGGAGGAAGCUUGAUCCUCGCAUGGCAGAUCAAGGGCAAGAAGGUUCUUGUCGUUGGUGGCGGUGAGGUCGCUGCCGGGCGCAUCCUCAACUGCCUCGACGCCGAUGCCGUUGUACACGUCGUGUGCCCUGCAAGCGGCCUCAACGAUGAGGUGGCCCAUCGCGUCGCCCAGAACCAAGUCACGCAUGUCGAUCGCCUCUUCGAACCCUCCGAUCUCGAUGGCGCCGAGAUGGUCCUCGUAGCGGUGGACGACCCGGCUGCCUCGACGGUCAUCUGGAAGCUGUGCAAGGAGAGAAAGAUUCCAGCCAACAUCGCCGACGUGCCACCCGAAUGCGACUUUUACUUUGGCAGCGUCCACCGCGACGGACCCUUGCAGAUCAUGGUCAGCACGAACGGGAAGGGCCCAAGGGUCGCCGCCGCCAUUCGAAAGUUCAUCGCGAAGCAGCUGCCCCGGAAUGCGGGGAAUGCGAUUGAGCAGAUUGGCCAGCUGAGGAUGAAACUCCGAAAGAUUGCACCGGAUGCGGAAGACAGCCCCAAGCGGAUGGGCUGGAUGUCAAAGGUCAGCGAUGCGUACAAGUGGGAGGAGAUGUGCGAUUUGACAGAGGAGGACAUGGAGAAUUUGCUCUUAUUCUACCCAGCGAACAAGGUCCCCUCAACCGAUGUUCUGAAGGCACUGAGGGGCGGCGAGCGAGAUGUCCACGCACUGGACGUCUUCGAUGGUGCUUUCGGUUUCAGUGUCGGUGCAUGA